AUGGGUGAGAAACCAGUUGACCCCGAAGCCCCGGCACUGACUUCGCAUCGUGACGAGUCGGCUGGCUCCAUCGACAAGCAGGGGUCCUCCUCGAACGGGGAGACCGCUCGGGAAUGGACUGAGGAUGUGAAAAAGAGUAGUCCCGAACCGACUACCUCCGCUACAAAGCAGAAGAAUCCCUUGGCGGGCCUGACUCGCGAGGAGUUGUUUCGCGAUAUAGAAGAAUUCGCGCGCGAGAAGCAGUUGGAGCAUAUCGUGGAGGAGCUCAAACGGGGAGCUCUCGUAGCUCAGGAUCCCAAGGCCUUCGAGCAGCUGACCGAGUUGUCAGAGGAUGAGAAGGACUUGCUCCGUCGGGAGAAGACUCAUAGAUGGAGCCAGCCAUUUAUGAUGUACUUUAUGACAAUCCUCUGCGCAGGAUCUGCCAUUGUACAGGGCAUGGAUCAGACUGCUGUGAACGGGGCACAGGAGUAUUACUUCAAGGAAUUCGGCUUGACCAACAGGUGGAAACAAGGUCUUCUGAACGGCGCCCCGUACCUCUGCUCAGCAGUGAUCGGAUGUUGGACCACCGCGCCCCUCAAUCGCUGGUUCGGACGGCGUGGGUGUAUCUUCAUUUCGUGUUUUAUCUCCUUUGCCUCGUCCUUCUGGAUGGCCGCCGCUCACACCUGGUGGAAUCUCCUCUUGGGUCGAUUCCUCCUGGGGUUUGCCGUCGGUGCCAAAUCUACUACCACCCCGGUAUACGGUGCGGAGUGCUCGCCUGCCAAUAUUCGCGGCGCGCUCGUCAUGAUGUGGCAGAUGUGGACGGCUUUUGGUAUAAUGCUGGGGUACAUUGCGUCUGUUGCGUUCAUGGAUGUGACGCACUCGACUAUCCCCGGCUUCAACUGGCGGCUGAUGUUAGGGUCGACGGCCAUUCCUCCGUUUUUCGUCUGUAUGCAGGUGUACUUCUGUCCUGAGUCACCCCGAUGGUACAUGAUGCGGAACCGCUAUCAGGACGCGUACAAGGCGCUGUGCCAGCUGCGUCCUUCAACCUUCCAGGCGUCUAGAGAUCUAUACUAUAUUCAUGCCGCGCUGAAAGUGGAAGAGAAGCUCCGCGAGGGCAAGCAUCUCUGGCGAGAGAUGUUCACCGUUCCUCGGAACCGCCGUGCAGCGCAGUCGUCGUUUUUCGUUAUGUUCAUGCAGCAAUUCUGCGGAGUAAACGCAAUCAUGUACUACAGUUCCUCCAUGUUCGUAGAGGCAGGCUUUGACCUCCAGACGGCUCUUGUUGUUUCUCUGGGCUGCGGUAUCACUAACUGGAUUUUUGCCCUCCCUGCGGUCUAUACUAUUGACACCUUUGGCCGGAGAAACCUCCUCCUCACGACCUUCCCUUUAAUGUCGUUGUUUCUCCUGUUCACCGGAUUCUCAUUCUAUAUCCCAGACCAGACCGCUCGGACAGCAUGUGUGGCUACAGGUAUCUACCUCUACAUGAUAGUCUACUCACCAGGGGAAGGGCCUGUGCCAUUUACGUACUCCGCAGAAGCAUUCCCGCUGUACAUUCGCGACAUCGGCAUGUCUUUCGCCACAGCAACAACGUGGGGCUUCAAUUUCAUCGUGUCCCUGACUUGGCUGCCAUUGAGAGACGCCUUUACUGUGCAAGGCGCCUUUUGUUGGUACGCCGCGUGGAAUCUUUUCGGCUGGGUGUUCUGCUACUUUUGUCUGCCUGAGACAAAGGCGCUCUCCCUCGAGGAACUGGACCAGGUUUUCUCGCUGCCCACGCGGACCCAUGCCAACCAUUAUCGUCAUAUGCUGCCGUGGUAUGUGAAGAAGUAUAUUUUGCGGCAAGAUGUGCCACCGCAGAAGCUGUUAUACGACUACGAAUAA